AUGACGACUACAAUCAGCUUUAUCAAUACCGAAAAAAGAAAACUUGACGCCGUUACCGGUGACGAGUAUCAACAAGGUGGUCCGAUUCAAAAACUUCUCAAAAGAACUUCCGCUGAACAACUUUCAGACAUUUAUUCUCAAGACCGAUUUUCCUUUGAAGCUCAAAACAGAGCCGCUCAAAGAGCGUUCAGAGAAAGAAAAGAACGUCACCUUCGAGAACUCGAAAAUACGAUAAAGACUUUACGCGAAAAUCAAUACGAUUCUGCGCUUAAAGUUCAGAGAGAACUUACGCACUAUCGCUCGUUGAUCGAGCAACUUGAAGCCGAAAACUAUUAUUUUAAAGAGGUCGCAUUUACCUUUGAAUGUGCUUUGAACAAGAUCAAUGGGAACAAUGAUGCUACCACAAAGAUAAAGAAUGCUUUAUCCCUUAAUGUACCCGCUCGCUCUUCAACCCCUUCUCAACCUUUGACCGGAGUUAGUGGUAUUAUCGGACAUAUGACUUCCACUUUUGGUUUGGGGGCCAUGCAAAUGCGACACGCUGGUGUACAAUCACAACAACAAGUUCCAACCGCACAACAGCUACAAAACAAUUUUCUUGAUUUAAUUCAAACUCCUGUGAGCUCAAAUGGUCGUGGUGUUUCAUCACCCGUUUCAAGUAACGUGAUGAUGUCUCCUAAUGGAUCGAGCACCAUUUCCACCACAUCCGUGAGUGUUGCAAGUUCACCCUUAACGCCUGAGUCGAUCGCUGAAUCGAUCUCGCCUUCAAGCACCUUCUUUGCUGAAGAGUUUGCUCGUGAGAUGACCCUUGCUGAUAUGAAACCUUUCGUCAAUUCAACUCCUGGCAUACAGAUCAGUCAUGAACCUCCUUUCGUUGGUUCAAAUCCUUUCAAUUCGUCGAUUGUUUCAUUAUACAAAUCGGCCAUUUCAUCAUCAUCACAAGUGAUGUCAAAAUCUAAUUCGAGCUCUUCUACAGGUUCUACCGUUUCAUCGAGCGGCGACAACGCAAACACAAACAAAAACAACCCAACUUCAACCGGAGCAAACUCCCCAUUCAUGAAUGGAGCUGUUUUUGAUCUUUCUGAUGUCUUCUCAGCUUAUCUGAAUGACAAUGAUCUUGAAGAAUUUCCCGGCGUGGAAUUUAAUAACUCGGAUGACUUACCAUCAUCUGAACAACAACAAGACACGACGAAGAGGUUUUCGAAGGAAGAAGAACAGAUCAUAAGAUUGAGUAAGAAAGUAGGACAGACGUAUCCUCAUCCUGUCGUGCCAGAGAUAAGACAUCCUCUCACCGAAGAACAAAUGCGAUACUUGACAUUAGAUCAUGAUCGUCGUAUAGACAUGAUUCCAUGUUUUCAUUUACGAUCCCGUAUGAUUCAAUAUCAAGACCAGUAUGAUCUUUACGAAUUAUGUGAAUUGUUGAUUAAUAAGGCGAAAUGUCACGGGGAGCCCCUUGAUCCUGAUAGCUGGGAAUUACCUGAUGAAUUCUUUGAACGAUAUGGUGUUUUAGUAUUUCAACAUUGUCGCAUAAAGAGUUCCUUCUAUAAGAAAUAUGGUCAUUUACCGGCCAAUUUCGAUAGAUUUUACGGAAAAGGUGAAGGUCUUGAAAAUUCGUUAAUAUUUGAUUAA